GGGCCUCACCCGCCCAAUCUUCACGACCCUCUGGGUCAAAGGGGGAACGAACCGUCGAUCGUCAUCCGUGCCUUUGAAAGGUAACGAACGUGCUUGGGCAGCGUGGCAGCGUGGCAGCGUUUGUUGGGCGAGCAACGCCGCAUCGCAACACAACGACUUGCGACUUGGGUAGAAACGCUCGUCCCUUUCUUCGAGAACCUCGCAGAAGUACAGACUGAUAUUGGAGGGAUGGAAACAAUUAGGUACGAAAAAAAAAAAAACAAUGGAAAAAAGAACACGAGGGAAAAGCCGUCGGCAGGUCGAGAGUCUAAUUAGACAAGAAGAGGGCCGUGAUGGCCUUCUUUUGCCCUUUUGGCCAUGCCUGAUGGGGUCUGGGCUCACCCAAGGGAAGAACGUUUCCUCUUUGCACACACACAUCGUCCUCUUUCCACACGUCUUGAUGUUGGGCUCAUCCCCGUCACCCACCUAUCAAGAGCAUGCCGCUUUCUGCCGCGCGAAAUCUCUGAGAAACAAGACUUUUGCCCAAGGUUUAGCUAUUGUUGGGGCCACCAGCUCACGCGACCACGCCGCGCAAAUAUUGAACGCCCGAACCUGUCGUCGUUGCGAGGCUUUCCAGACUUCGACUGGACCAGGAAUUUCCGGGGUAUCCCGCUAUGAAACGCCGGGAUUGGGAACCUCGAGCCUACGCUUUCCCUGCCCUCACGUCCCCCAAUUGUGGCGUGAGUUUGUUGUAUGUGUAAGUUUUCUCUGUAACUCUUUGGCUUUCUCUCGUCAAAGGUUCUAUACUGGACCCCGAGGAUCCCGGAGUCGAUUCCGACGGGCGAACAGUGAUCACGCCAGGCACAGAUCGACGGUUGACGAUAGAGUUCGAAGCAACGUUGACAUGAGCAUUGCUUGACGGAAGCUCUGUGGGUUUGUAACCGUACAUUCCCGCAAAUCACGCAUUUUUUUCGGCAUGCCAAUUGUUGUCCUCUUCUCGGGAAGUCGACUCCAUUCUUCUACCAAGUCCGUAGGAAGUUGUCAUUGUUCUGAGCUCAUUGGCGCAACGAGUGCAGAUCUCAAUUGGGGGGUGUUGCAAACUUGCAAUGGGCUGAGCAAUGCGCCUUUCGUGCCUGGAAUAAUGGGCACAUGUUUCGGUUCGCUGUGGCCCC